AUGGUUGGGACCCGUCGAAGCCUCUUGAGAAAUGGAUCAAACAACAGUCUCAGUGGAGAACGCGACGGCGACGAAUACACCAAGUAUAAACGCGUCGAUCUAGAGAGCGGCUAUGGAACCAUCAACCCUAUCCGAGAUUCACGGCAGAGAUUCCGGGAUGCGAUUGAGCAGACGCUGCAAGCCAAUCGGGCUGCGGACAUGAAGAAAAAACUGAUUGACAAUGUCGACCACGGUGCAUUGGAAAUUUAUCGCAAGAGUGAUGAGAGUUUCUACGAAGAGCAGAAUAGUCGUAUCGAUGAUUGGCUCGAGGUCGACAUGGUGGUUUCCUCGCUCGCCGACGACAUUGUUGACAGCAUGCACCCUCGGGACACUGACAAUGAUGGGGUGGCAGAAGAUCGUGGACCACUAGGUACCAGUGGAGAGAACCUCGAGCCGUUUCUACCGGAAGACGAACGAGAGAAACGCAGAAAGUCGUCCAAGCAUGUAAAGUGGGCCAUCAACAUCAAUGUCGUCGUAAACAUUUUUCUACUCGCAGCCAAGGGCGUAGCUGCUCUCUUCUCCAGCUCUCUGUCUCUGAUCGCUUCCCUGGUGGACUCUGCUUUGGAUCUCCUAUGUACCGUCAUCAUCUGGGUUACCAACAGACUUGUGGGAUGGCGCCUUACCAGCCUGAAGAAGAAGUUCCCCAUCGGUCGAAGACGGCUGGAGCCGCUAGGUAUAUUGGUUUUCUCUAUCAUAAUGGUCAUUUCCUUCCUCCAGAUCUUACAAGAAUCGGUCAAGAAGCUUCUUCCGGACGGAGAGCAUAAAGUGGCAACAUUGCCACCAGCCGCCAUAUUUGCUAUGGUAGCAACCAUAGUCGUCAAAGGAAUCAUCUGGAUAGGUUGUGCUAGGGUCAAGACGACACAAGUGCAGGCCUUAGCACAAGAUUGCAAAACUGGACACCAAGCAAACGUUUGGUGGCUUGAUCCUGUUGGUGCCUCGAUUCUCUCACUGUUCAUCAUCUACGAUUGGGCUGGUACAUGUCUCGAGAAUGUUACCCGUCUCACUGGCGAGGCGGCGAGUGAUCGCAUAGAAAGGAAGAUGAUGUUCAUGGCUUACCGGUUCGCGCCGCUCGUAGGAGGUUUCAAGAGCAUCAAGUGUUAUCAUGCGGGCGACGGCGUUUGUGUGGAGAUCGACGUGCUUAUGCCGGAGAAUACGCCGCUUAGAAGGUGUCACGACGUUGCAGAGACACUCCAGUAUUGUCUCGAAGGUCUGAAUGAAGUAGACCGUGCGUUUGUAACAAUGGAUUACACUUCUCAGGGUCCAACUGGCCAUGCAAACUCAGAUGGCGAAUGA